AUGGAAAUUGAUGAUGAGAUCAUAAGUUUCAAUAUCUUUAAGGCUAUGAGAUAUCCUAGUGAUGUGCAUUCAUGUUUUUCUAUUGAUAUUAUUGAUUCUCUAGCUCAACAGAUUUUUGAAUUGAAUGGUGAUGAUGCUUUAGAAAACACCAUAGUGGAAGGUUUAGGUUAUGGAAAAUACAAAGACCUUGAAAGUGAAUUGUCUAUUUGUGAUGAGCUUAAAGAGGUUGUUUUAGCUCUUAACUCAUUACAAGAAGUUCCACAAAAGUAUAAUGCGUCUUAUGUUUCUUUGCCGCUUACUACUGAGAAACUUUUACCAUCGAUUGUGCAGGCACCUAUUCUUAAGUUGAAACCUCUUCCGGAUCACCUCAAAUACGUAUAUUUGGGUGAUAAGGAAGACUUUCCGAUGAUCAUUUCCAAAGACCUUACCAAGGUGCAAGAGGAGAAACUUGUUCGAGUGCUAAGAGAGUACAAGUCUGCCAUUUGGUGGACCAUUACCGAUAUCAAAGGAAUCAGGCCUUCCACAUGUAUGCACCGAAUACUUCUUGAGGAAAGGGCAAAACCAACAAGAGAAGCUCAACGUCGCUUGAACCCUCCGAUGAUGGAAGUAGUCAAGAAAGAAAUCCUGAAGUUGUUGGAUGUCAGGGUUAUCUAUCCCAUAUCCGAUAGCAAAUGGGUGAGUCCGGUUCAAGUCGUUCCAAAGAAUUCCGGUAUCACCGUGGUGAAAAACAAAGAUAGUGACUUGGUUCCAACUAGAAUCCAUACCGGUUGGAGAGUUUGCAUUGACUACCGAAAGAUCAAUUAUACCACCCAAAAGGACCAUUUUCCCUUACCAUUUAUUGAUCAAAUGCUUGAAAGAUUGGCUGGACACUCUCACUAUUGCUUUCUUGACGGUUUUUCAGGUUAUAACCAUAUUGUAAUAGCUCCGGAAGAUCAACAAAAGACGACGUUUACUUGUCCUUUUGGCACUUUAGCGUAUAGACAUAUGCCAUUUGGCUUCCAUCCACUUUUCACGUUGUAUGGUUUUUAUAGGAGAUUCAUCAAGCAUUUCUCCAAGAUUGCAAUGCCCCUGUGUAGAAUUUUGCAGAAAGAUGUGGCCUUUGAUUGUGACAAAGAAUGCAAGGAAGCUUUUGACACCUUGAAAGAGUUGUUGACUACCGCACCAAUUAUCAAACCACCGGACUGGAGCAAGCCAUUUGAGUUGAUGUGCGAUGCAAGUGAUUAUGCCGUUGGAGCCGUGUUGGGACAACGAGAUUGUAAAGUUCCAUAUGCCAUUUAUUAUGCUUCUAGAACUCUUAUUGACACACAAAUCAACUACUCCACUACUGAAAAGGAGCUCUUGGCCAUAAUAUUUGCACUAGAGAAGUUUAGAUCUUACUUGGUGGGUACAAAGGUGGUGGUUUUCUCCGACCAUGCUGCACUUCGAUACUUGCUCACAAAGAAGGAUGGUAAGCCAAGGCUCUUAAGUCCAGAUGGGUUAGACCAUUUGUUGUUACUAAUGUGUUUGCGCAUGGUGCAGUUGAAGUUAUUAGUCCCAAAACAGGGCUGGUUUCCAAGGUCAAUGACCAUCGUUUGAAACCAUACUAUGAGAAAUUUAUGACUGAGAAUCAGGAUAUGGUCACAUUGAGUGAUCCACUCCCUCUAGAGGAGUAAUUGGAGAUGAAAGUCGGGAUGACGACUUUAAACCAAGCGCUAAA